UGUGUGGCCUGAAGGAGGUGGGAGAGGAUGAGGAGUGGACUGUGUACUGGACAGACUGCUCUGUCUCACUGGAACGAGUCAUGGACAUGAAGAGGUUUCAGAAAAUCAACCACUUCCCUGGCAUGACAGAAAUCUGCCGCAAAGAUCUGCUGGCUCGGAACCUCAACCGCAUGCAGAAGCUCUAUCCUACUGAAUACAACAUCUUCCCGCGCACCUGGUGCCUCCCCGCAGACUACGGGGACUUCCAGUCUUAUGGUCGUCAGCGGAAAAACCGCACUUAUAUCUGCAAGCCGGACAGUGGCUGUCAGGGACGGGGCAUCUUCAUCACCCGAAAUCCCCGGGAGAUCAAGCCAGGAGAGCAUAUGAUCUGUCAGCAAUACAUCUCUAAGCCGCUCCUCAUUGAUGGUUUCAAGUUUGACAUGCGAAUCUACGUCCUGAUCACGUCCUGUGACCCUCUUCGGAUCUUCAUGUAUGAGGAGGGCCUGGCCCGCUUUGCCACCAUGCCCUAUGUGGAGCCCAGCAUUAACAACCUGGAUGAUGUUUGCAUGCACCUGACCAACUAUGCUAUCAACAAACACAAUGAGAAUUUUGUCCGGGAUGAUGCUGUGGGCAGUAAGAGGAAGCUGUCAACACUCAAUGUCUGGCUGCGAGAGCAUAGCUACGACCCCCGAGAGCUGUGGAAGGACAUUGAAGACAUCAUCAUCAAAACCAUCAUCUCAGCCCAUUCCGUUCUUCGCCACAACUACCGAACCUGUUUUCCCCAAUAUCUGAGUGGAGGUACAUGUGCCUGUUUUGAGAUCCUUGGUUUUGACAUCUUGCUGGACCACAAGCUGAAGCCCUGGCUGCUGGAGGUAAACCACUCUCCAAGCUUCACCACGGACUCACGUCUUGAUCGAGAAGUGAAGGAUGCGCUUCUCUGUGAUGCCAUGACCCUUGUCAACCUCCGGGGCUGUGACAAAAGGAAGGUGCUAGAGGAAGACAAGCGGCGAGUCAAGGAGCGGCUUUUCCAGUACCACCAACAGCCACGAGAAGCCAGGUGCUUCAGGCGAGAACAAAUUCAGUCCUCCCAUGCAGCAAUGCUGGACCAGGAACGAUAUGAGGAUUCCCACCUGGGGGGAUACCGGCGGAUCUACCCUGGGCCUGACACGGAGAAGUAUGCACCCUUCUUCAAGCACAACGGCUCCCUCUUCCAGGAGACUGCUGCUUCCAAGGCCAGAGAGGAGUGUGCCAGGCAGCAACUGGAAGAGAUCCGCCUCAAGCAGGAACAGCAGGAGACCUCAAGCAAUAAGAAGAGAAAGGAAAACAAGGACCAGAACCAGGGGGAAUCAGCAGGAGAGAAGAGCCGAUCCAGGGCAGGGCCCCGAGGCCUUUCCACCCACUUGGUUUUCAGGAACCGGAUCCAGGAGAAAGAGCAGCCACCAGUACACCUGGACACUAUGCAGCCGCAGGAAAUUGUGGAAGAGGAGGAGCUGGAGCGGAUGAAGGCCCUGCUACAAAGGGAGAAUCUCAUUCGAAGCCUGGGUAUUGUAGAGCAGCUCAACCGCAUGCUGCAUCCCAGCCAUCGGGGCCAGAAAAAACUUCAUGAGUAUCGGGUGAGGGUCCCUACACAGCCUCCUGCAGAACAAGGGAACAAGGGCUGUGGUACUGGCACAUGGUGGUGGUCACAUUACAGGAGGCUAAUGUGAUGGUAUCUGGCAGUGGAACCUGGGAAAGCAAUGUAUGCUGGGCCUUGGGAAGAGGGUCUGUUGGGUUUUUUUGCAUCUGCUCCCAAGCUCCCUUGUUUUUGGUAAUGACAUCCAGCAAAAUGCAGCUCCCAACCUUCUCACUUACAAGAGAUUUGCUCUGCAUAUUCCUGUCUCACAAUAACCCAAAACUCAUGACUGACAAAUAACAAGGCCACCACCCUCCUCAGUGGCUUCUGUGUAAUUCUCUCCCUAGCACUGCCAGUGCCCUGGUUCCAAUGGGAGAUAAGUAAACAAUCUUGGGCCAACAAAACAGCUGCUGCAUUCACUAUUCCCUGGGCUAGUAGCAAAUCCAUCUGGGUUCUUUGUUCUUGUUUAGCCCCAAAGGAAUAACUGGUUAAAUAGUGACUAUAGCCUAGAAGACAUUUUUUUUUAGUUACCUAUUUCUUCCAACUUCCGUCCAACCUCACAAGAAAUGUGGUAAGGGACUGCUCUUUUCCUCUAGCCUAGAUUUCACCAGGACAGGCUGGGCAGUCAAGAAUUGCAAUCUGUGAGUC